GACGCGCAGCCCCGUUGCUCACUCCCUCACACACAUACACAGCUGUCAAUUUUAACAAUUGUGCUAAAUGUAUAAAAUUUUGCAAAUAUUUUCUAAAAACUAUGCAACGUAAAAGUGAUUAGAAAUGGAACAGCAAUUCUCAUUGUCUUGGAACAAUUUCCACGGGAAUUUGACGAAAGGUUUCGCCGGUUUACUUGGUAAUGGGGAGUUCGUGGACGUGACGAUUGCCGUCGAAGGUCACCUGCUGCAGGCUCAUAAAGUUAUACUCUCAAUAUGUUCGCCGUACUUCAAGAAAAUGUUCCAAAUGAAUCCAUGUCAACAUCCUAUAGUUGUUCUAAGGGAUGUUACACACAAAGCAAUGAGAGAUUUGCUUCAAUUUAUGUAUCAUGGAGAAGUGAGUGUGAAGAGGGAGGAUCUCACUAGUUUUAUAGGCACUGCUGAAGUGCUGCAAAUUAAAGGAUUAACAAAUAAAGAGACUGAAGAAGAUGUAGAAAAGGAACAAGAACAAGAAAUACCCAAGCACAGUGUGGAGACCCAUAACAACAUCCAAGAUGCAGAAUUCUCAGUGUCGGAAACAUGUGAACAUCCCUGUGAGGAAACGACUCAAAGUAAUGAGAUUGAAAUUAUGAAACAAAGGCAGUUCAUAGAAAGACUCCAAAGGUUGAGCACCUUAAAAAGAAAAUCAGAAGAAUUCCUCCAAAAAAACUACUACUCAGAUAUCCUAAGCGCCGAGAAGAGGCCAAAAAUAAAAGAUAAACCCUCAUACAAAAAUAAUCACAUGCUGUCAAACAGCAGUUAUGAAAAUCUGAAAAGUCUGUAUGAAGAGAGCCCCUUAGAUAUAUCUACAAGUUUCAAACAAAACCAUUCGAGUAAAGAUUCAAAUGAAAAAUGCAAAGAUCAAAGUUUGACUGACAAUUCAUUGGAAUUGAAAACAGAGUGUGAUGAUAUGGACAUCAUAGUGACUGAUCCAGCAGUAUGCAGCACCCCCAAGAGUUUUGAUGGUUCUAGAGACCCUAAAAAGGACUUGUCAUCACUGCCUUUAGACUACCAAUCUCCUCAGGACAAUUGCACCAGCCUCAACUCUUUAUUUAUGGAUCUAAAGAACUUAGUGAACGGUAAGGUAACUAACAUGCUGAGAACUAACACACAAGAGGAGUACCCUAGACACAGCCUAGAGCACCGCCUUGUCACGAUUCCGCAGAAAGAAGAUGGAAAGAAGAAGUACCCCCAACGGUCCUGCAGGCUCUGCUGGAAAAUGGGAAAGAGACGGGACACCAGAUUCAUGUGCAGUGCUUGUGAAUUGCCUUUCUGUAAAUCUCCAUGUUUCGAAAUACAUUACAAUGACGUACUCAAAGUAUCUCAGUUCCAAGGGGACUACUAUGCAACUUAAAUAUAUAUUUUUAAUUAGAUUUAAGCCCUCUAAAGAGGUAAUGUAAGACAUAACUAUUUUUACAAUAUACUUUCAAGCUGGCUGCUUUUAGAUUAGCCUGAGAUUGUGCAGGAUUCAGAUGUUAUGGAUUAAUAAAACAAUAUUUGGGACCAAGUUGCAAAUCUGAAAUGAUAAGUUUGAAAACUAUUUGCAAAAUCUACAGGCACUUUUAAAUUCUAUUUUAAUGUACAUAGUACUAGCACUUAUACUCAAGAAGCACAAUAACUUAGGUAAUCAACUGUGAUAGUAAACACAAGCUCGAAGUGCCAAUUUCAAAGGAAAUAUAUUUUUAUACAAUGAGCAAGUUACAUCAGAUUUGUGCCAUCAACAUUCUGCCAUAUACAGUAAAAUAAAAAAAGACUUUUUAUUGCUCAUGUUCUAGUCUAUAUUGUAUUAAGGAUUUUAUAAAACUCAUUUUAAUGUGUAAAAUUGUAAUUAGAUUAGACUUUGGAUUUUUUACAAUUUGAGUUCUUAAUUUUUAUUGAUCUCUUAUGAGCAAAAUGAGUUGUAUGCUUGACUUGUGAAGCCAAAUUGAGAUUUACAUUCCAGAGUUUUAUAAAAGGUUUUGAAAUUUUUAGAUUUAUUCACUGUUAGACCAAGUCAUCGUAUGACGUAAUUCGAGCAAAAUUAACGGUGUUUUGUACUGUGUGAUUUUAUAUCUGUGUGAAUUUGAUUAAGCGAAUGUAUUUUUAUAAUCUUAUCAAUAAAUUGCGUAAAGCAAA